GGUUAGAAUUCAUUUACUGCGGGACCCCAAGACCCAUGCGCUUAAACCUCAAUCUCUUUUUAAAGCAAAGCUGGCAAGACCAAGAUCUCUCAACACUCAAAGACUCAUUUGAAAUUUUAGGUGCCUUAGGGAGAUGUUUCUGUUAACCUUAUCUAUAGCUGUUUUCAAUACUGCUGUACAAGGCCAGCCGCUCUAUGAUGAGAUGUCGGAUCCUUGUAAAAACCAUCGAAAAAGUUAUGAAAUCUACAAAGAACAUGUAUUGUCUCUACAGUUGGAGAAGAAAAAAUCACAGGAAAAAUGCUGCAAUGUCAAAGGUUAUGAGUAUAUGUGGAUUGGUGCGACAUAUGCCCAUCAAGAAGGGGUCUACGUAUAUAAGGCUACAAGAUCCAGAGUGUAUUAUGGGGAUUGGGAUGGAGGUCAACCGGAUGGAGGAAGAUAUGAAAAUUGCGCAGUAGCUUAUCUAUAUAGCAAUUGGAGGUGGCAUGAUUAUUCGUGUAAUAAAAGGUUUCAUUACGUCUGCAAGAAAACCAAAUAA